AUGGCAUCCAACGAUUUCGAGAUACUCUACAAGGAGACGCGACUCAAUUUAGAACCUGCAUCACAGUCAUCAACCGUUCAGGUCCGUGUCGCGCCGCAGAGCGCCUACGGACGGUCGAGCUCCAGUCGGAGCGGUGCCUCAGCCGACGACGAGAAGGCGUAUCGGUCCGGAAGCUUAGCGACCGCAUCAUCUAUCUAUUACCGGAAACAUCACAGCUCACCACGGGGUUUCCUAUGGCGCGUCCUCGAUAACGGCAAUGUUCUUAGCCUCCGUGCAGCCGACGUCAGCAAGCAACAGAGAGAGUCCGAUGCGCCACUAAUACUUAACCUCCGAUUUCCUGCUCCGAUCCGCACAUCAUGCGUUGGCCUCGCCGACCCUGAGGAGUACGAUGCGCUCUGCGUCUAUGUGGUCGACCACUCAAAUCAGCUGUGGUCGAUCACGCUACGCCCGGAUCACUUCCGGAAGAGAAGUGCCACCGAUGGCGGGCUAGGCGACCUGUGCAAACCGUACUCGCCGCCUGGCUUUGGGUUUAAGCACCCGCACAGGCUAGCGGUCGUCAACCCAAAUCAGUUGCUCAUUACGAUGCACGAUGGCGGCAUCCUGAAAUUCGAUAGGAAUAAGGGCAAUGAGUCGAACGGAGCGACAUGGAAGGAGACCAUCUACAACGUCGCAGGAUGGGGCCAGAGUCUCCGCGGAUUGGUUCCCUUCCAACGGAACCCGACCAUCCGGUACGACAAGAUAAACAUGGAGUUGACGGCAGCUGCUUCGACAGCAGUUACAACUAUGGGCCAUUCGGACAGCGCUUUUCUAUUCACCAUCUGCCUAGAUCAUCGGAUGAGGGUAUGGGAUGUGCGGACAGGCCAAAUUCUGUAUACUGGCGAUAUCUUGAACACCAAGCGGGACCCGCAGGAGGUUGGCAAGUGGACGGUGGAUCCUUCCGAGGGUAACCUGAUUCGGAUAUUGGACAACAGCCGCGGCCAAUGCCUUGUCGUGACCUACUCACCUGUCGGGUCUGGCGAGUUCAAGUUCUGGAAAGUCAAGGCGAACGACCAAGGGUCGAUACAUGUCGCGGACUGCUUUCCAGAGAGCCACCUGAUACCACCAAGCCCGUCGUCUUUGGAUGUGUGGAAUCUGGCCGACUUCACCGUCACCCAACAACCGGACGGGCCCGAGUUGUGGGCCCUGUGGAAGAACAAUACCAGCUACCGUGUGCAUCGCUUACAGGUGCAAGCUCGGAAUAGCGCUGCGCCUUUUGGCGACGGCUGGAAGGCGGUUUACGUCGAGAACACGGUGCCAGCGGUGCGGGCGUCAGGGCCCUGGAACCCCACGGACUCGACCGAGAAAUGGCUCGAACUCAUCUUCUUCCCUGGCCGCUUUUCGAAAACGACCCUCGAGACGGCGCUCGCGAUGUACGAGAAAGGGCUGGGCACCUAUAAAGAAACCGCGUCAAAAGCUGGCAGGAGCAUCGUAGAGUCCAUCUGUUCCGUCUUAGGAUCGACGACAACCUUGGAGCGGAGUUCAGCAGGCGGUGCGGACUAUGAUCAGUUCAGGAACACAAGUGAGACACAGUGGAUGCGCUUCUGGCGCCUCCUGCUCGAACUCGACAAGCAAAGGGGCGAGGCUCUCUCGCUGGUCUUUGACCCCCUGGAGGGCAUGAUCUGGGUUGCCUGCGCUGAUUUGAUCACUGCUGUCAGGCAGUGUAGCGAACUAGAUCACAUCUACCACAACCUCCAAUCACCACAGAAAAGCAAUGAAGAUGUCGCAGCAUUGGUGUCCGCCGGCUUGGGGUUUGUGGGAAGCUUCUCCGACAGCAUGUACCAGCUCAGCAGAGCUGCUUUGAGGGCAGAGUUAUAUGAGGAUUCGGCCCGAUCUGACAGCGAGCGGAUGCAACUCUUUCUGGACCGCGCCGGAUUCUGGCCCUCAGUCACAGAUGAGGACAUCGCCCAAGUAAUCGAUAGCCUCGGCCAGAACUACCGGAUGGUGACUGAGAGGCUUUACGACGAUCUGUUCGAUCUGAUCACUGCGACGAGCGAAGCGAACUCCCAAGAGCUUCGGGAGCCCUUCACUGGAUUCGGCCGCAAGGUGGUUGUCCGUGCCGUGCAACAGACCGUCGACCUCCACUGGCAGAUCCUCUUCAGCCAGCUCAUCCUUCUUGUCCACAUGGAGUUUGACAUUGAAAGCGAGGAGGCCCCUCCACUUCACUCGCGGUUCGAAGUCGGCUCCGUCUAUCGGCGCUUGAUCGAUGCUCUCCGAAGGCUGGAGCAUUUGAGGUGGAUGGCAAAGACAGAGUUGAGCGUUUCGGCGGCAAGAUCUGGCGGCUCCGGCGGCUCCGGCUCUUCUUCGCCAGUCCUAACCAAGCGCAGCCAAGACGAGAACAACACCAUAACUGCGCUGGAAGGGCUGACCGGACACCUUUUCGGUCUUCCGGAGAGCAAGAAUAUGCCCCUGCUUUCUAGCAUCACAGAUCUGGUGCUCGACCUCUGUGCUCCCAGCAGCACAACAGUGUUCUACACCUGGCUCCUCCAGUGCUGGCUGCUCAAGCAGGACCGAGCGGAUCUCGCCUUGGAGCUCAAUCCCUUCACCGACCGGGAUCCUUUUUCGACAUAUGUUCAAGGCCGCGUGUUCCUGGCGCUCAGGGACUACGACACUGCUGCUUUCUACUUUAGGAGAGCGGCCAUUGGCUUGAGCAUAUCCAUAAAACACAUGGAGCGUCACAGUGCAGGACUUUUGGACGACACCGAAUGGAAUCUCCUUAACAGCGGGCUUCCAAACUACUAUGCGCAUAUCGUCAGUCUGUACGACAGGCAGAAGGCGUACUCGUAUGUCAUGGAGUUCUCCCGCCUCGCGCUGCAGUUCGUCCAACCGGGCGGCAAUGAGACCGCGGGUAUCAAGACGGAAAUGCUCAGCCGCCUCUUCGCCGCCUCCACCGCAAUCUCCCACUUCGAGGAGGCCCACUCGGCCCUACUCUCCAUGGACAACGAGGCAUUGCAGAAGUCUUGCCUCCGGAAGCUUGUCGAAAAGAUGUGCGAGACAGGCCAGAGCGCGGAGCUUAUUAGUCUGCCGUUCUCGGGCCUGCAGACCAAGGUCGACGACAUCCUCGUGGAGAAGUGCCGGCACACCAGGGACGUCCUCAACGGCGUGCCCUACCACCAGGUCCUGUAUGCCUGGCGCAUCAGCCACAACGACUACCGUGGCGGCGCGGCCAUCCUGCUUGAUCGUUUGCAGAAGCUGCGGCGAGCUGGCGAAGGUGACAAGGUCAGCAGUGGUACUGAGGACGCACUGGACACGCAGGUAACUCGGCAGUACCUGCUGCUGAUCAACGCGCUGAGCUGUGUCACGCCGCAAGAGGCAUACAUCUUGGAGGAUGUGCUCUCGGGGGAAGAGGACUCCCACGUGGGCACAGGAGAUGAUGAUAUCGAAGGCCAGCUGGACGAGCUUGCGCGGAAGCUGGAUGCCGAGACUGCGGCCGAUGGACAAGAGAUUGUGUCGGAGGAGGAUGCAGCACUCAUGGAGAAGAUGCAAAGGUUCUCGGCGCGGAAGGCGCACGAGUUGCCGGCUAGGCGGCUGCUGAUGCUAGCGGAUCUGCGCAAGCAGUACCAGCACGAGCUGGACAGGAUCGUGGCGAUCCAGAACAACCAUUUUGAGCUGACCGCUGGGGAUGACGUGAUGGAUAUGGCAUGA